AUGGUUCCCUCCACCGACAUCCUGGAGCAGCAGCCAACGACCAGUCGCAUCUCAGCCGAUGUGGAGGCAGCCAAGCACCAGUUCGAGCGCUGCGAAAGCUCGGCCAGCACGGAAGUGACGUCAGAGAGGUUCCCGCGCUUCAGCUCUGACAGCUCCUGCGAGCCGGAGGAGCCAGAGGUGUCGCAGGCAGAGCGCAAGAAGCUCGAGCACGAGGAACAUGGUGACGAGAAGGCCGAGCUCUUCCGUGAGUUCCGCGCCACACCCGUCAUUGCCUUGCUUCUGCUGCUCUUCUUCGUGUGCUACAGCAAGCCAAUUGUGUUGCUGUGGCUGGCCACAUUGGCGGCCUUUGUGGUGGUCAUCCCAAAUGUCACCGUCAACCUCCACUUGAUGUUUGCCUCCCAGGAAGAUCUUUGA